CCGACUUGGUGCGGCCGUUGAGUAGUACACUGUCAACCUUGUCUUUCCAACGUUCCAGUCUCAACAUGUUCAGAACAGCUGUCGCCCGUGUGGCCAGGACUAUUCCCCAGCGCAGUGCUAGGGCAGUGAUUGUGCCAGCAACCCGACCUGCGUUUGCCUAUGUUACCAGAUUCAACUCUUCACAAGCGCCAUCGAAGCCGCCCAAAACCCCAGAGCAGCUGGCCAGGAAGGAGGCUUUUGAGAAGCAGGAUGACUUGCAGAGAGAUUGGGACGCGAAGGUCUUGACGUACAACGAGUUGCUUCCCAAAACCCAGUCGCCGACUCCCGCGACCUUCCUCAUUGACGUUCGUGAGCCUGAUGAAGUUGCUCAAGGAAUGAUCCCUUCCGCCGUCAACAUCCCUCUCUCCGUCCUCUCCAACUCCCUGGCUCUCAACCCCGCCGCUUUCAAGGAAAAGUUCGGCUUCGACAAGCCCAAGCCUACCCAAGAAGUUAUCUUCUACUGCAGGAGCGGCAAGAGGAGCACGACUGCAUGCGAUGUCGCUAAGAGGAAUGGCUAUGAGAACAUCUUGAACUACAAGGGAUCGUGGUUGGAGUGGACUGAGCAACAAAAUCCCAAGCCUACAUCCGCUUGAUGCUUCUUCGUUUCCGCGCCGCAUCUUGGAUGUAUCAGGUGGCUAGAGUAUCAAAAUUGAGAACGGAAGGUUGACGCGAGGCUGAGGGCUACAGUGUACAUGUACCGUUCCGUAGGGUUUUCAAAGGUGCCGCCAUGGACCACGUGUUAACACUAAUUGAAACAAGUGAGACAA